UUAGACCCAAAAGGAUAAGAAAGUAAAAUACUACUACCAUCAUAUAAAGCACACACGUUACUUAAACCUCUUCCCCUCCCCAUUUGUUUUUUCAUUUUUCAUUUUCAUAUAAAACUAGUUGAUAUUCUAGAAUUCCUAAUUACAUACAUUUUGCUUUUUCAACUGAUGAAUGGUUGUUUGAUUUUUUUGGAUAAACGACGAUCAGAAGCAUUGAUCGGUGACGGAAUUUAUCUAUUCCGGUGAAUUUGUGGCGUACAAGUAAACUGUUCUGUUGUUCGGCACUGGCUGGAUGCCUUUGUUGGAAGCAACGAAUUGUUUCUGAACCACUCCAUUUUAUUUCUCAGUAUUGUUACAUUCAGUGAUGGGAUUACCUCAGGUUUCAUCUAGUGAAACGUCUGAGGUGGGACCUGCACCUCUAAGGACACAUGUUUACAGUGUGCCACAGUUUGUUGAUGUUAGCACAUAUAAUUUAGACGGGAUAUGUGCGGAAGAUGUGAGCCGAAAUUGUGGGGAUUCAAUUUGUUAUUCCUUGGGAGAUUUUCAGUGGCAAACCUCCACGGGGAUCUCGAAAUCUCCUGAUGGAUUUGAGAAAAGUUUAUUGGAUGCCACACCUAACAUUUUGGUGGCAAACGUGCAUUGUGGGGAAAGUGUUGACUCGUCUACUUCAGAAACCAGGAGAUAUAUUCAGCCUCCCGUAUCUAGGAUUAUUGGUUUUAACUAUGAUAAGGGCGAUAUGGUAUCUGAUGGAUUAAACGGUGAACCAAGUCAUUAUCACUCUUCUUCUGCCAGUAUCACUCUCAAAGAAGCUGAACCCAGUGGAUUACAUGUCAGGAAGCGUUUGCUGUCUCCACUAAAUAAAUUGCUCUUGCCCGAGCAAUUCAAUGGCGAUCCUUUAGAUAUUGACAGCCAUAACUUUCUGAAUGGUUGUCCUUCUAGUAAACAAGCAUGUGGUAUUUCUUCGAUACAAGAAACUAAAAGAGCAAAUCUCAGCUGUAAAAGUCACUCAACUAUGCCAAUAUGGUCAGUGAGUAAUUGUUCAGAACUAAAUGAGAAGUUGCAUAAAUACAGUAAAAGAACCUCAAUAUUUUUUACGGAUGGCCCUGUAUUAGAGGAUAAGGGACUGGUCCAAUUUUCACAUCAACCAUCACCUGGAGCUGGAAGUGAUCCAUUUUUUGCACCAAGUGAGGUAAGCUGCCACUCAGGGGCCAAAUCAGUACCCUCGAAAAAAACUGUAUCAUCCCCACUCUCCUUGUCUCCUCUUGGGCCAAAAUUUUAUGAGCGAGUAGAACCUUCAGUAAGGAGGAGUAGCAAGGAAGAGGAGCUAUGGAAAAAGGCUGCACAUUCUCUUGAUGAGAGAUUUUCAGGUGUGAUCUUUCCCUCUGAAGAUGAGGAAUUCAGGAUAACUAGAAUAUCAUGUGAAGAGACUAACAUUCUUCAAGCAGAAGUCCAAUCAUCAUCCUCAUUAACUAAAUUUGGAACAAAAUGGCCUUUCUCUCAGAACCCCAGAACUGCGAUCAAUUCUAAAAAAAAUGCCAAUUUGAGGGGCUUUUGUACUCGGAGGUCAUUGGUUGGGUCAUUUGAGGAAUCUCUGCUGUCUGGUCGGCUUUCAUCUGGAAAAUUUAAUCAGAAAAUAGAUGGUUUUCUUGCUGUACUGAGCAUAACUGGAGGAAAUUUCUCUCCGAAAUCACAGAAACUUCCAUUUGCAGUUACGAGCAUCGACGGCGACAGCUAUUUAUUAUACUAUGCAUCGAUAGAUCUUGCUGGUAAUUCACGUUCAAACAAGUACAGGACUGAAAAUGUGAAAAAGAAUGUCGAUAGCAAUGAUUCCAAAAGUGGAAAAAACCGUCUGCGUAUUCCUAUGAAAGGGCGCAUCCAAUUGGUCCUGAGCAACCCUGAGAAGACACCUAUGCACACCUACUUCUGUAACUAUGAUUUAAGUGACAUGCCAGCUGGCACCAAGACAUUCUUGCGUCAGACGGUCUUUCUUGCUUCCUCAGCUUCGGAUUCCUUUCGUGGAAGGGAAGAUUCGAAAAGUUUCAAUGAAAAAGAUGAGGGCAAGGCUCCUUUGGUCCCAGAUGAAAUACACGACGAACGAGUAUGCAAUGCUGAGAAACUUUUAGAGUGUCAUUCAUGCCAGAGUGAUGAGAUGGAUGCUUUCCAUAGAACUGAGAGGAAGUCUUUGCAUUCUUGUUUAAAGGCCAAUGGGAAUGCCACCACUUCUGGUGCUCUUCGUUAUGCUCUUCACCUACGAUUUAGUUGUCCUUUCUCCAAGGAAAGCUCGGUUUCAGUUAGCAGAUCAAAUGCUUCUUUGGCUACAGAAAGAAGUAGAUUCAACAUUGAAGGACAUAGAAGAUUUUAUUUGUACGAUGAUUUGAAGGUCGUUUUCCCUCAACGUCAUUCAGAUGCUGAUGAGGGCAAGUUGAAGGUUGAAUACCACUUUCCCGAAGAUCCCAAGUACUUUGAUAUUAAUUAGCAGCUGAAGCAUCCAACUACUCUUACGAAGAACAUGCUGUUCCGAGUGUAGUUAUCUGUAACGUAUAUAUAAGUCAGUUGCUAUCUGUAAAAAUGCGAAACAAGAAAAGGAAUAAAUUAAAAAAAGGCGUGCAGUUUUUAAAAUUA